AUGGAUGAAGACCAAAAUCACCAAAGGGUUAUUAGACCUCCUCAAUUCACUUCAAAAGCAAUAAAACACUACUUGAAAACAAGAUUCACAGAAUUAAUACCAUCAAAAGAAGAAAUGAAAGCAAAUAAACAUUUGCUAAAUCCAUUCAAACCUUUAACACAAAUGACAGCCAAGCAGUGGAAUUUUUUUGGCAUUGCAUUUUGGGGUUGGACCUUAGAUGCUUUUGAUUACUUUGCUGUUUCUUUAAAUGUUACAAACAUUGCUCAUUCUUUAGACAGGUCCACAAAGGAUAUUACUUGGGGCAUCACUUUGGUUCUAAUGUUAAGAUCUGUUGGUGCUAUCAUAUUUGGAUAUCUAGGUGACAGGUAUGGUAGAAAGUGGCCUUUUAUUGGAAAUUUAAUUUUGUUAAGUGUCUUGCAGAUUGCAACUGGAUUCAUCAAUACUUAUAAACAAUUUUUAGGUGUUAGAUCACUUUUUGGAAUUGCAAUGGGUGGUGUCUUUGGUAAUGCAGCUGCAACUGCUUUGGAUGAUGCUCCUGCUGACGCUAGGGGUGUUCUUUCUGGUAUAUUUCAACAAGGUUAUGCUUUUGGUUAUUUAUUAGUAGUUAUAUUUCAAAGAGCCAUUACUGACACCACAGCAAAGGGAUGGAGGUCUCUAUUUUGGUUUUCAUCGGGUCUUUCUGUCAUUUUUAUUGUUUGGAGAGCCUUCUUACCGGAAACAGAUGCUUUUAUUAGACACAAACAGCAAACACUAGAAAGUACCGAGGAAAGUAGCAAUAAAAGAUUUCUCAUUCAAGCUAAACAAGCUUUGAAAACUUAUUGGUUGAUUAUGAUUUACUUGGUCAUCUUAAUGGCUGCUUUCAAUUUUAUGUCUCAUGGCUCCCAGGAUUUAUAUCCAACCAUGUUGACAAACCAAUUAAAUUUUGAUCAGAACCAAUCAACCUUGACAAAUUCUUUAGCUAAUAUUGGUGCUAUCGUCGGGGGGUUCUUUUUUGGUUGGAGCACCAAUUUUAUCGGAAGAAGAUUUGCUAUUAUUAUUUGUUGUAUUGGAGGUGGUGCAAUGAUUUACCCCUGGGCUUUUGUUAGAAACGAUGGUAUUAAUGCUGGUGUUUUAUUUUUGCAAUUUUUUGUUCAAGGUGCUUGGGGUACAUGUCCUUUGCAUCUUUCUGAACUAUCUCCUCCACAUUUCAGAUCAUUUGUUACAGGUGUGUCGUACCAAUUAGGUAACUUAGCUAGUAGUGCUUCAUCAACAAUUGAGGCUGCAAUUGGUGAAAGAUUUCCAAUCUUUAUUGAGGGAAAAGAAGAUGUGUAUGAUUAUGCAAAAGUUAUGGCUAUCUUUAUGGGUUGUGUGUUUGUUUUCCUUUUGGUUGUAGCUCUUUUUGGACCUGAGAAUAGAGGAGCUGAUUUGAAUGCUGAAUCCCUAAUUGAUUAG